AUGUUAUUUUUUGGAAGAGUUAUUUCUCAAGAAAAACAAGUUCGAUUAACUUCAAUCAAUUUUGAAAUAGAGACUAUUGGUAAUAAUGCUAAAGUUAAGGCUAUUCAUUCAAUAUUGAAUGAAUCUAAUAAUGAUUGUAAUGUUAGUAUCAGUAUGACAUUAGAUGAUGAAUCUGCUGUUACUGGAUAUUCAAUUAAAACAGUUAAUGGAGAAUUUGAAUCAGAACUAAAAGAAAAAGAACAAGCAAAGAUUGAACAAAGUGAUGCAACAACAAAUGGAUAUAGUUCAAGUAUAAUGGAACAAGUUGAUGAUACAACAUUUAGUAUUUUACUUGGAUUAGUCAAUAAACAUAGUGAAGUAACAUUUAGUAUUGAAUAUCUCACACAUAUGGAGAUUCAAGAAGAAGAAUUAAUAAUUAAGAUUCCUAAUUUAAUUGAAUCUAAAGAAAAAUAUCAAAUUCCAUAUUCAAUUAAAAUUAUAGGAAGUUCAAAAUUUAGUUUUAAAGGUAUAUUAAGUGGAGAAGAAGAGAUUAAUGUUCCAUUAAAUGGAGAUUUAAUAUUUGGAAUGAAAGAUGAAGAUACGGAUGAAGUUGUAAUUUCAUCUACAUUUAUUAAUAAAGAAAAAGAAGGAGAUAUUAAUAUUAUUUUUAUUUGUGAUAGAAGUGGAAGUAUGUAUGGAGAAGGAAUUAAUGCACUUAGAAAUAUGUUACAAUUAUUUUUAAGACAAUUACCAUUAAAAUCAAAAUUUGAAAUUAUUUCAUUUGGAAGUAAAUAUGAUUUUAUGUUUAAAGAAAUGGUAGAAUAUAAUGAAGAUACAUUAAAAAAUGCAUCAAAUAGAAUUUCAGAAUUUGAAGCAAAUUAUGGAGGAACAAGUAUGGAUGCACCAUUAAAAGCAUUAAUUGAUAAUAAUACAGAAAAAUGUCAUAUAAUUUUAUUAACUGAUGGAUAUGUUGAUAAUAAAAUAAAUACAAUUGAAUAUAUUCAUAAUCUUUCAAAAAAGAAUUCAUUACAUGGAGUUGGAUUAGGAAGAAGUUGUGAUAUUGAAUUAAUAAGAAAUAUAGGUAGAAUUGGAAAUGGAAUUUCAGUUAUUUCUAAGAAUGUAAAUUUAUUAAAAAAAGAAGUUUCAAAAAUUACAGAACGUAUUCUUAUUCCAACAAUUAAUAAAUGUCAAAUUGAAUGGAAUAUUAAAGGAGAAAUAAUACCAAAAGAAAUUAAUAAUUUUUAUGGAAUGAUAACAUGUUAUAUUCAAUGUAAAGAAGAAAUUAAAGAAGGACAAAAGAUUGAAAGUGAAAUAAAAGGAAUAUGUAGAGAAAAAGAAAUUAUAUACAAAAAUACUAAAAAUAUUAAAAUUACAAAAGGAGUUAUUCUUCAUCAAUUAAUGGCAUUUAAUCAAAUCAGAAAAUUAGAAGUUGAAAAUAAAAAAGAAGAAGCAAAAAAAUUAUCAAUGAAAUAUCAUAUUCUUUGUAAAGAAACAGCAUUUAUUGCUAUUGAUAAAACAACUAAAAAAGAAGUUGAAUUUAUCAAGAAUAUUAAAUUAAAUGAGAUGUGCCAUAAACAAAGUUCUCUGCGUCCAACAAUGUUCUUUGACUCUUGUUGUGAAAAUGACGCUCUCGAAGAAGAUAUGUCUGAAGAUGAAGAAGUGUUUGAAAAUGAAAGUAGUAAAUGUGAACUUUUGUGUUGUAACUGUGGAUAUCAUCCUAGUGUUGAAUAUGAAUAUAGUAAUGGCACUGAGGAUAUGUCUGAUAGUGUUAAUAGCCCAGUCACUACAAAUAUAACAAAGCAAAUAGCACAACCAAUGAUAAACUUAAAAUCAUAUGGUGAGUGUUCCAAUUUGUGUGGUGAAGAAAAAAAAGAAUUUUCCUGUGACUCUGUUAAUAAAGAAAUUGUGUUUGAGAAAAUUAUUAAAUGUCAAAAGGCAGAUGGGGAAUUUGUUGGUGUGCAAGAAAUAAUUAAAGAAAUUACUACAAUCCAAAGUAAUAAUAUUGACAAUGAGGUUAUUCAAACAUUUUUUGUUAUUCAACUAUUAAAAGAAAAAUUCCCUGAAAAUAAAGUCGAAUGGAAGUUAAUUGUUAAAAAAUCAGAAAAUUGGUUAGCAAGUAAACCAGCUAUUUCUGAAGAGAUUAAGAAUAGAAUAAUUUCAUUAACUAAGUUAAUAAAACUCUAA